AUAUAUUUCGUAAUUUUAAAUUCCAAAAUAAUGUAAACGUCAAUAAGUAUUCCAGAAUGAGAACAGGAUAUGUAAAUUUGAAUACAUUCUGUAGCUCAAGAAUAUGUCCGAAUGCAAUAUGGCUUACGAUUAUUAUUAAUAUUAAAAUAUAGAAAAUAUAACAUAAUUUCUUGUCUAAAUGGAACCUCCAUGCAGGAUUUGCACUCACCUUACUCCGCCGGCUGCUUUCAAUCCACGCACUUUGGAAAGCCGUUAUAAAUCGCCUGUCACGAGACGAAAAGAGUACUGCGAACCAAGGAGAUGUAAUGCGAAAGUCGGUACGGAUUUGAAAUACGAAUUUAAAUCACGUUCCUACAAUGUCGAUCAUGCUGUAAACAAAAUUCAAGAACUAAAGAGAAAUGUUCAAGAUCUUGAUGGAUCAAAGCAUCAUGAUGAAACGGAAAGUUUAUUAGAACCGUCCUCAGAGAGCAAGAUUAAUGAUCUAAAAGAUGUACAUAAUACAAUAAUGACUUGCCUAAAGGAAAUGGAAAAGCUAAAGACAUUUUUGGAGGACGAGAAUUCCUGGUGGAAAAUUUUAAAAAAUCGUUCGAUCGAUUGUUGUCAACAAAAGUUGCCACAUCUUCAUGGGGUUUUAGACGGAUCAUCAGUUACUUUAAUGUUGCUUGAAGAAGGUACAGAUGAGGUUCCACGUCGUUUUGUGACAUCAACGCCGAAAGAAAAAAGUAAGACUACUGGCCCCAGAUUUGGAACUUCUCCGAGAGAAUGGACGAAUAAGGCAAAACAAACUGAGCAGUAUACGAAUCACCGAAUGAAGCACAUGGACGAGUAUGCGGACUCUUACACAACUCCACAUUAUAGUCUCGAUACGAAAUCAGCAUUAAUUGAAGUUACAAGUACCGAUAGUCGUGAUCCGAUUCAACGACAUAUUAAAAGAGCUGUUAUGAGUGAACAGAAUAUUGUUGCUUCCGAAUUUUGGACUGAAGCACAAGAAGAUGGAAGCGAUAAACAGAAAACACCAGAGACAUCACAUAGAUUCAAAGAAACAUGUGAUAAUAUACAGUAUGAAGAUAAAGAGAAGAGGAUCGGUAGAUCAAAUAUUGUGCCACCGAGAGAAAUACGAUAUGAGGACACGCAGAUGACAUUCGAAGAUGCAGUGCAACCUCGGAGGACAUUUAGUAGCGAAAAUACCGAAAGCAAGAAACAUAUCACUAGCGAUUUUGAAUCAAACGUGGAUUUAAACACGAAGAUUCCGUCCAGAAAUGUGUCAAGUCAUAAAUCGAGAACGAAGGCGAUUAUUGAAAAAAGUUUUCGCUAUAUUCCGACAAAACUUCCGAGAAAAAUUUCAAAAAUUAAAAGUAGAAAUUAA